AUGGCGCACUUGACAGAUUUCAAAUUCCAGGAUAUCCUGAAAAGUCUGACACUUGAGGAGAAAGUCAAGCUGUUAUCUGGGACCCCGAACGAUUUUGUCUCAACUCCAGGAAUCCCGGACAAGGGUAUUAGUGCUUUCAAGACUGCUGAUUCCAUUAACGGAAUCCGACCCAGCGAGUUUCAUGGAAACCUAACAACGGCCUGUUUCCCCAACACAGCUUGCAUAGCUUCGACAUGGAAUGUUGAGCUGCUGGAGAAGAUGGGCUCGGAGCUCACCCGCCAAGCUCGGAUGAAGCACGCACAGAUGAUUCUUGGACCGACAAUCAACAUCCAGAGAGACCCUCGUGCUGGGCGCAACUUUGAAUGCUUCAGCGAGGAUCCGCUCCUGUCUGGCUACAUGGGCGCGGCUAUUGUAAGAGGCAUCCAAAACCAAGGUUUCGGAGCUUGCGCAAAGCAUUUUGUCUGCAAUGACUCGGAGACGAUGAGGCGUUAUUACAACGUGGACGAGUCGCCAUACAACCGGACACUACGCGAAAUUUACCUCGCUGCGUGGUCACUCUUGUUGAAGAAGUCGAAUCCGACAGGCGUCAUGACUGCGUAUAACAAAGUGAAUGGAGAAUUUUGCUGUGAUAGUAGCACCUUGAUUGAGGAUAUAUUGCGGAAAGAAUGGGGCUUCAAGGGUGUUGUCUUGUCGGAUUGGUUCGGUACCCGGUCUACUGUCGCUGCUAUGAACGCCGGUGUGGACCUGGAGAUGCCAGUGCCUGUCUUUAGGGGUCCUAAGCUUGUCGAAGCUGUCCGAAGCGGUCAAGUGAGCGAGCAGACGAUCGACAACAGCGUAUUGAGAUUGUUGGAUCUCCGGUCCCGAACACAAGCAGCCUUCAGCCAAGGACCAGAGAAGUCGGAAAUUGUCAAUGAGACCAACCAAGUGGCGCGGCAACUUGCACAGGAGGGGAUUAUUCUCCUCAAGAACGAAAGAGACGCGCUCCCGUUGCAAAUAUCCGACUCACUGAAGGUCGCCGUCAUCGGAGAGUACGCCGAAAAUCCUGUCUUCACUGGCGGCGGCAGCGCGUCUUGCAAGCCCCAGUAUCGCCAGAUUCCGCUUGAUCUACUUCGUAAGGCUCACCCCAAACCAGAUAACAUCAUGCACGUGCCGGGUGUGCGUGUCCGCCGCGUCAUCCCCGUUGCUCCUACUGAGAUUCUCAAAACAAAGGAUGGACAUAAAGGGGUUGAGGUCUCGUAUUUCAACGGCGACGCAGAGAAGCCCUUUCUCACUGAGAUCUCUGAAGCACCUGUCGUGUUCAUGGUUGGGAACUACAAACCAGGCCUGCAGGUGGACGAUUCACAUAUUGAGAUGUCUACAGCUCUCGCGCCGGAAACAACUGGAACCCACACACUUGCUCUUCGCCACUCAGGCGCCCUUUCUCUCAAGGUCGAUGGCAUCGAGGUUUUGACCAAAGCGACACCUGAACUCACUACAGAGCAGUUCCUGUUCAAUCUAGUCAAAAUUGAGUCGCGGGUUGACUUGUUCAUGGAGGCAGGAAAGUCCUAUGAUGUGCAUGUCACGAUGCAGUCGAGACAGCCUGCCCCAGGAGAGCCAACUCCAUACGGGCUUACAUUGGGCUUUGAGGAGAUGUACUCCGAGGAAGACAUGAUAUCAGAAGCAGUCAAAGCUGCAACAGCUUCUGACGUCAGCGUUAUCUACGCCGGCCGAAGCGAGCAAUAUGAGUCUGAGGGGUUUGAUAUGGAUGAGAUUACCUUGCCUGCUAAUCAAGUCGCUAUGAUCAAGGAGGUGGCAGCUGCUUCAAACAGAACUGUAGUCCUUUUGCAUUGUGGGAGUCCCAUCGAUAUCAGCAGCUUCGUUGACGACGUUGAUACAAUCAUUAACAUGCAUUUCCCCGGCCAAGAAGGUCCCCAAGCCAUGGUGGAUGUUCUGAUUGGGAAGACAAACCCGAGCGGACGACUGUCUUCAACUUGGUUCAAGACUCUGAAAGACUGGCCGAGUUUCGACCAUUUUCACCCGGCCAACCAUGGAGGAGCUGACUAUACGGUCCGCUACCCAGAAGGUCUGGCCAUAGGAUAUCGAGCCCCGGUCCCUGUUGAACGGGUUCAGUACCUUUUUGGCCAUGGAUUAUCGUAUACCUCGUUCUCCUACGACAGUCUACAUGCCAACGUAGACAACUCUACCGACACCCCCUCAUUGAAGGUGGAAGUUCGGGUGACGAAUACUGGCAGUCGCCCGGGCAAAGAGGUGGUGCAGCUUUACAUUGCUCCACCCGAGGGUGUGCACGACUGGAGACCUCAGCGAGAGCUCAAGGAGUUUACCAAGAUUUUCCUGUCGCCCGGUGAGUCAAAAGUUGUCAAGAUGGAAUUGGACGUUCGCGAUGCAUGCAGUCACUGGAGUGAAUCUUCACGUGCAUGGAUAGUAGACCGAGGAACCUAUGGGCUAGAGGCUCGAAAUCGACCGCUCAUCUUUAUUGCUCACAGUCUAGGCGGUAUCGUAGUGAAAAAGGCUUUGAUCAUAGCGCACAAUGGCUCCGAGGUCUAUACUUCAAUCCUCAAAGCCACAGCCGGCAUCGUCUUCUUGGGGACUCCGCACCGCGGAUCUGACCUGGCGCCUUGGGGACUUCUUCCCUCAAAUCUCGUCAGCGUGACUAGCAUAGGAAAAAACAUACGGAAAGAUCUCUUACGAACACUUAGCAAGGACUCGGACACGUUGAUGGAGAUAUCAAGCCAAUUCCUACAGCGGGCAACGUCUCUAAAAACCAUGAGCCUCAUUGAACAACAGUGUGAUUCUUACAGUUGGCAGGUUGUUCCAGAGUAUUCAGCCAUCAUGGGUCUGCCCAACGAGACUGGGCUUCCGCUGAACGCUCACCAUCGAGGUCUCACUCGAUUCUCGCGAAAGACUGACCAAAAUUAUAUCCUUGUUGAAGCAGCAAUCAGAGAAGACGCGUAUGGGACCAUGGAUAAAUGCGAAAACGAGGUGUAUGAUACCCUCAAGACAGCUGCAAAAGAUGCAACAGAGAUCCUCCCGAGUACCACCAGUUUACCCAUUCCAAUGGCAGCCCCAAUACUCUUUCGCAGUCCUAUUAACGCACCCUCAUUUACCUCUGGGAACAAAGUCUCAGCAAGUAGUUCACGUACACUGGUAGGAUCGCCAGCUACUUCAACCUCAACAGGUACCUUGACCCCAGAGCUUUAUGACCGCAGCCUUGGUGGAGACGGUAGGGCACAAACUCCUUCUAAAGCCAGCUUAGAGAGCCAAUCAUUGAAGCUACCAGAAAAGAUGGUUGAGACUAUCACACUACGUGUUAGUGGUCUCAGACGGCGGCUUGGACCAGAUAACAACAAGCAAAGAGACAUUUGUCAUGUCAUCAAGGUCCCAGGGACUACAGAAAUGUGGGAACUAGGUCCCUGGUUGCAAAGAGAAGUCACUGAUACCAAGGAGAUCAAGGCCUUCAGGUUCAAAGACCAGGAAGGCGAUAUCCGGACCUGGUGGGAGGAUGUCUUUACGACUCCAGUCGACGUCACAUCUGGCCGGCCGUCUUACAGCAAAGCAGGGGUUUUCAAAAUUAACACAGACCAGUCAAUUGCAGCAUUUAUGAGCAAAGCUUUUCCCCAUCCAAUCCAUGCCAAACUCAAUAGUAAUAGCCACGAAGGGCACUCCACGUUUGACAAAGUGUCAGAUUCGGUUCUUGAGGUUGGACAAGACGGCGCGCCCGACCUAGUUAUUUCAUUCAUGAGGACCGUGAGAGUCCCCGAGAGCGACAAGGAGUACAAUUUACCCCCUGGAUUAGGGAGAUUUCCGCUGUUCAAUAUUGCGCCUUUCAGUCACAGUUUACCGCCUUCAAUGGUGGCCAAAGGAGGAUUCUUUUUUCCCAUGUAUCAGAUGGAGGCAAUGUGGAUUCACUUCCAUGCCGAAGAACAAAAGAAGUUUGCUGUUCGACUAUUCGUUGGUGGCGUCAAUGGACUCUCAGGGGAAUCGUCCGAAGGGGAACAAUUAUGGCUUGACGGGAUUGCUACUGCACCUGGAGUGGUCAGCCAGUUUAUUGCCACCGAAAUGGCUCUUCGAAAGGAAAGAUCUCAAGAAAGUCGAAAUCCUCGAGCCAGCAAACAACAAGACACGUCGAGCAACCCCUCUUCCCAUGGAGAUACUACUAGUGGGGCGUCUAUUGAGUGGCAGGUUACUGGUCGUGAUGAAGUUGGGGGACUGCAGCUUCAGAUCAUACCUGAAUUUGAGCCUGGCCACAUACAUGCUGGCUCAGCCAGAAACGUCUGCGUGACGAGUGAAGGCAUUGUCUCUACUGUUGUCCCCCCGCCAAAGAUGGAGCGUGUCUUUGAUGUCCUUUCGACCCCUGCCGAGCUCAACCUGAAAGCAGGCGACACAAUCCAUGUGAAAGACCUCAAAUCAGCAGCGCAACCACGCCCCAGAGUCGUUCUGGACUUGUUGGACGAAGGCCCUUUGAAGCUUACUGAUCAAGACAUUGUUGAGCUGGAAGCAGUGCACGACAGCUACUCCAAGUGGGCGUUCGACAUCAAGCUCCUCGGAAGCCAACAUCCUCCCAUUUCACUAAGUAUCCCUGAUGAAGUUUCUGUCCAGUGCUUCGUUUGCCGUGUUGUGUGCGACGAGGCAGUAGAUUCUACUUACAGCAACAUCUUCCCACUUCUUCUGGCCUUUGACGGGAAUGCUACUGUUCAGCAUCUCAGGGAUGUUAUUCACAAGACGACAAGCGUUUCAACAGCUGAUUAUUUGAUCCGACGGGAUUCCUUAACUUCCCCCCCUAUCGACGAUGGCGAAAGAGUCUUCCCAAUGGAUCGCCUCGAUACAUCUUGGACGGGAAAUGUACCGCAAUAUCUAUUGGCGCGAGAUACUGUGUGUAUCGACAAAGUUGAGCAAAUCUAUCAUCCUCCAAAACCCUUCUCCAAAUCCAGUUUCAACCCGUUCAAUCCACCAGGCCCGCCCAUCGGCCCGAUUCAAAUCUCACUCACAACUCUUACUGGAAAGGUCGUCAAGAUGGAAUGCGAACUAUUUAACACGAUUUAUGAGCUCAAGGCAAUGUUGCGGGAUAAAGAAGGUAUCCCGACGGAUCAGCAGCGCAUGAUUUAUGGUGGUAAACAGCUUGAAGACGACCACAUCUUAGCCGAUUACGGCAUUCAUAUGGACUCGAUUGUUCAUGUUGUUCUGCGUCUUCGAGGUGGGGGCUUGUGUGUCCGAGUCAACUUCGAGGGCAAAGAAUGGUGUGAGGAGGUCUUGGAUUAUCGUUGCAUCGCCGACCUCAAACUCAACCUCAUGAGCAAAACUGGUGUUCCAGUGAAGGACCAGGUACUGAAAUAUGCCGGUAAAGUUAUCCAAGACGAUGAGAACCCCCACAUAUACAGUGAAAGGCUUCUUAUCCUUACUACCCAUGUCCAAACCGUGGCUAUGUCUUUAGGCAUCGGCGCCGGCGGCAAAAUCCAGCAGCACAUCGAGCCUGAUACCAAGGACCCGCGGGUUUGGGACAUAAGCAGCUCGCGUAUUGUAAAUGUGCAACUUCUUGAUGCUCGCACCUUUCGCCUGGUUACGGGUCACGCGCCCCCUGAAACUCCUGUUACAGCUGACUUAUAUGCCCAGAUGGGCCUUAAUUUCUUCAGACAGUGGAGAGACGAGCAACUUGCUGUUAAUAAUGUUUCUGGGGAUUGGAACAAUCUAGUCGGGGCGGCUCAAGUAGCCAUGAGGUAUGCCAAGAAAGGUAAGGGCUCGAUCUCGGCUGAUAUGAUCGAACAUGAAGAGCGAUGGGGGCUGCUGGGGACUGGAGCUUGGGGCCAGUUGAAGAGUGGGGGCGGAGUAAGGCAGAGCGCAGUGGACAAAGACUUCGAAUAUCCUCUGGUUAUGUUGGACGUGGACGAUACGGUCCCUAAAUUUACGAGUGUAGCUGAGGAGGAAGAGAACUAG